AUGUCUGCAGAAUCGGUGGUCAGUAGUUCCGUAUUCUGCGUGAGUGUCAGCGGACAGAUAGAAAGCGCACAAUUCCUGGGCUUUGAUAACAUCUACUGUAAGUAUUGCUAUAAAUAUGGCAACGACUGGUCCGUGGCCUCUGGUCUUGAAGAUGGUGUCUCACAGAUCACGAGAAUCAGUGAAGACAAUCAGCUCUUCAAAAGGGUACCGAUGUUUGUGCCGCAGUCCUCAUCGCUGAUCCAACGGUGGACGAGUUGGUUCAGUGGUCGCAAACCGGAAUUCAUUGAUCCCAAAGUGGUCGCCCAGAGUGAGGGCCGGGAAGUCAUCCGAGUCUCGUCUAAUGGUUACGUGAAUGUGGUGUUCAAUGUAGUGCUCAAAGAUUUCCAAAAAUACGGGUUUACUGUCCAGUGA